AGAGUACACGCUCCGACAUCGAACACAAGGCUGCGAAAGAUUUUUGUAUCCACAUCGUGUUUCUAUAUUUUUUAGAUAAGACGGGCCGAACAGGGAACUGAGAAAUAUGGCCAAAGCUUCAGACGAUGGCGAUGAAGGUAACUCUCUGUUGAUCACACCAGAGCCCUCAGCAGCCGGAGAGACGAAAGAAAACGUGGCAUUUUUGAAAAAGGUUCAGGAUGCUCAUGAGACCCUGCAGCACCUGGCGAGCAUAGUGUCGGAGGUGGAGAGAAAGCAGAAUAUGAUCCUGAGAGCAGCACCGCCGGAGGACAGUAUGAAGCAGGAGCUGCAGACUCUCAGAGAUGAGAUCACACUGUUAGCAAGUGUGCUCUGCUGGAAACUGAGCAGUAAGUCUUCAAAGUUAGGUGAAAACGCGACAUGGUUUUUGGAUUCCUUUCCGUGUCUUUUGACAGGCAUUGAGCCAAGAGGAGGGGGAGAUGGUGCUGAACAUGUUCCUGGCAACACUGAGAUGCAGAAAAUGCAGCACACUGUUUUGUUGAAGGAGAGCUGGGAGCUGAUGGGUCACUUGGACACCAUCCAGGCCGAGUAUCGAGAUGGUAACAUGGAGAGGAUUCGGCAGCAGCUCAAGAUCGCUGGAACUAAUGUGAGCGACCAAGCGCUGGAUGAGAUGCUGAAGACUGAUGUCUUCACUGAAAAUGUCCUGGAUGUUGUCAAAGCCAAACAAGAGGCUCUGAAGGAAGUGGAGUUCAGACACGAUGAGAUCCUCAAGCUGGAGCAGAGUAUCAAGGCCCUGCACCAGGUGUUUCCAAGGCUGGCCGUGAGAGUGGAAGACCAGGAGGACGGCAUCCACACCAGCAACAGACACUGGAUAAGCUUUGGAGAAAAAGCAAAGGGAGACUUGAAGGAAACCAUUGGAUUCCACCAGAGGCCGCACAUAUUAAUCAGUCACAGUAGGAAGAUUUGGCUGGCACUCUGUCUCACCAUCCUGCUCCUGAUCGUCACCAUUAUUCUGGUGGUCACCUUCACUUGAGUCGGCUGGAGAGUCAAACAGCGUAUAUGUUGAAAGAUUCUACGUCCUACACCAACCACCAUCUUCACCCUACAUUUAUUUGCAGGAACAUGCGGUUCAUCGGGUCAGUGUUUCUUGUGAAGAAGAAGGAUUUUGAAAUGACAGUGAACCGGGCAACACAUUUCUUCUCUAUUGUCAUGCUGUGAUGGUGACUUUAAACAGCUAACGUUGACCUUUCGAUGAUGUGUCUUGUCUUGUUCAGCCUUCCUGUAACACAAACUUCGCAUCCUUG